UGUCGCGUCGGCCCGUCCUCGAGUGUCGUCACCGAUGCGGCGACCAGAUGCGGAAGCUUAACAUUCAGAGAAAGGCCGCCGAGGUCGCCAAGGUCAACAGUAUAUGAAGACCUUGCCGGCCUAUCCGUUCCCAGGAUGUCUAACUCUUUCCUGCCAUAAGGGUAGCAGAGGUCUCACCAGAGUCACCACCGUCGAGAAGCCAUGGCCGGGCCUACACGCUGUCGACCUAGCCAAAGUCCCUUCAGCUAUAGGCCUUCGCUGGACGCCGGCAUCGCGUUCAGCGUCCUUUUUGGCUUAACCUUGCUAGUUUCCAUCUACUUCACGGCUCGGCGCAGACUCUGGUUCCUUUCAUUCACGCUCGGCGCUGCCCUUGAGUUUGCCGGCUGGAUCUCGCGAGCACUGGCGUAUGGGAAGCCAUGCUCCAAGGACAUCUUCAUUGCACAGACAGUCUGUCUCAUCCUCGCACCAGCCUUGUACAGCGCAGCCUUGUACAUCUUGCUCGGUGUGCUAGUCCAACGCGCUCCUACUGCCUCUUCAAUCAGUCCGAGGACGUAUCUCAUCAUCUUUUGCACCGCAGACUUUAUUUCGCUUCUCCUGCAGGCUAUCGGCGGUGGCAUGGCCAGCGGCGCGGAGACCAAGCCUCUCUUGGAUACUGGCACCAACAUCAUCAUCGGCGGCAUUUUUGCCCAGCUUGCUGCGAUGGUGGGGUUCACGGUCCUUGCCGUCAUCUUUCUUUGGCACGCCAAGAAGCUCAAUGUGGUUUUUGACAAGACCGUCUUGCUCCUUGCUCUAUUCGCAACCGUGCUCAUCUUUGUUCGCAACGUCUUUCGCGCGAUUGAGCUGCUUGGCGGAUGGAAUGGUUAUUUGGCUACGACGGAGCGCUUCUUGAUUGGCCUCGAUGCUGCCCCGAUGCUCCUUUGCCAGACUUGCUUCUGCCUACUUGGUCUGUUUGACACUUUUGCGCGUGACUCUUCGCUGCUGCAUCGUCAGCGCCGGAAGGAGGUGCAAGAAAAGGAUGCAUUACGCAGCAGCGAGCACAGCAGCCAGACAUCCCUCCGGGCGGGUGCUUGAUCCAAGCUUGGUUGAUUCA